AUGACCCAGCCCUACUAUUCCGCUGGCCCAUCCGUGGGCGCCUACCAGGAUGAUCCUGCAAUGCAAUAUUAUACCCCCAAUACCUAUCCAGCCUUUCCAUUGCUGCUCGGAUCCGGCUACGUCCCAGAGAGUCUGGCCUACUGGGGUUCCUCCACCCAACAAACCAGCCCAGCCCCGGUCGCUGGAUCUGACUCGACACCUCACCAGCAAUCGCGACUGGCAGCUGUCGAACAACGAAAACACAAGCGGACACGCAGCGGCUGUCUGACGUGCCGCUCCCGCCGAAUCAAGUGCGACGAAGGUCGGCCGAUAUGCGAGAGGUGUCGGAAAGGGAACCGAGAUUGCGAAUAUCCUCCACCGAAUGCGAAAUCGUCCAGUCGUUCGAACAAGUCCCGGAGACAAUCCUCGCGCGGGAGCAUAUCAUCAGACGAUGAGACCGGUGACCAGGGUGGGCUUGGGGUUAUUCCAGAUGAAGAUGAAAGCGCAGGAAUACUCAGCAGCCCUUCAGAGCCGGCAUUGCCCAAAAAGAAAAGUAUGCAAUCAAUUGGCCAGCGUCGGCCAAGGGAAGCAUCCGAGGCAUCAUCCGCGAGCAAAGCUAUAUCACAAUCGCCAGCGUCAGAUCUACUACAGGCCUCACAAUCAUCCAGUCCAUUCUCCAGCCCUCAAUAUAAAAGCAACUUUGUGCAGCAACCCGCGCGAGACUUGGCCCAGGUUUUCAGUAAGCGGCAAUUCAAAUCGGGUAUUCGCUUUCUCCUGAAAUACCACCAAGAAAGAAUGAGUAACAAUCACUACUUUCUGAGCCACGAAUGCAAUAUGUUCUUCCGAGGCACGUUGUUUGAUCUAGCAAUGGAAUAUGAGCCGCUCCUCUAUGCGCUCGUCGGUUUUGCUGCAUAUCACCACACUCUUGAAAAGCCCGAUGGAAAGAUGUAUGAUUUCCUAAAGUACUAUGACCGAUCCCUACAACUUCUCCGGAAAUCGCUAGCGUCGAGUGAAAAACACAGUGAAGCAAUGAUGGCCACCGUUCUUCAACUAUCCACCUUUGAGGAGAGUAUCGGCGACUGGGUGAAUCUCGUCGAUCACCAUCAGGCCGCAGAUGCUCUGAUACAUGAAAUGAUCACUCCACAAAGCUCCACUCAAAAUGAAACGCACCGGUUCCUUCUCAUCUGGCAUUCCCGAUUCGACCUUGUUGCGGGUCUUAUUGCCAAAAAUGAGGCUAUAUUAAGUCGUGAAUGGUAUACAACUAUCGACGAGCACGACGCUGCCCAAGCAGCUCUCAGCCCUGAUGAUUUGACGGCUCAAUUACGAUUAGUCUCUUCACGAACGCGGCUUUUUGCCAUGGAUUAUGCCUCAUUAUUUGCACGACUAGGCCGUCAACUCGUCAGCUUUGAUGACUUCGUCAAGGAACUCAAUGAGAUGGACACGACAGUCCAUAUGCUCCAUCAAGUUCUAGAGCAAUACGAUAAUUGUCCCGAAAUAACAAUGCCCAGACCUGCUGUCCCCCUACAGGGGCCAGAAGACGUCCUUGACACAGCCAUGCCUUGUCGAUUUUACAGAGAUUCAAUGUGGAGGUUGAACUUUGCCUGGGCGGAUUUACUCAGCACCGAACUCAUGUAUAAGUACCAGACACACAUUUCCAUUGGCCGUCCCGAGGGGCCGGAGCUUCAAAGGAUAGCGCUACAGAUCUGUCACCACGCCGAGAGUAUAGUCAGAUGGCCCGAAGUCGACGUCGGAACCGUCAUCGCCUUUCACAAUUGGCUAGUGCUGACAGCCAUGUUUUUGCCGCGAGACCCUAAACAUAUGAUGUGGAGUCGACGGAUGAUCGCUCGGAUUGAAAUCAACGGAUAUAUAUAUCCCCCCAAGGUACGGGAAAGCCUUGCAGAGCUCUGGGGUGAUCAGACGGUGCAUCAGUGGUGGGUGCCAGACGAGGGAGGAUGUCCCGAAUUAGUCAAAGAAAUCCGCACUCUGACGGAAGAACGCACCACGAAUCCACGGGAUAAGAUCCGAGAAGAUGUCCGAGACAUGAAGUCCCUCUUCUCGAAAAUGCGUCUUGAUGACGUUGGUAGUCAGGGCAGCAGUCCACUGAGCGGGACGCUGACGGGGUCAUCACCUGCUCAGUCGUCGCCAUCUGGACAGGCACCUCCAUAA